GUUGAAUUUGAAAACAGGCGGCAGUGCUACGAGAGGAAAACAGACGGAAAGGAAAGAUGACUGCGGACAAUGAAAUAGACACUAAAGAGGCGUUUCAGCGCGCUCAGAAGGGCCACAAUAACAAAGCAAAGCUGGUGGCAAGCCUGAAGAACCGCUACAGCAAGAUGGAGGACAAGACACUGUUCCACGAAGAGUUUGUCCACUACCUGAAAUACGCCAUGAUUGUCUACAAGCGUGAACCUGCAGUUGAAAAUGUCAUGGAGUUUGUGGCGAGGUUCGCCGCAAGUUUCCAGUCCCCACCUAAGACAGAGGAGGAGGAAGAGCAGCGGAAGGAGGAAGGGGAGGAGGAGGAUGAAGAAGAAGAAGAUGCUGAGGACGAUCAUCCGUUUCUGAGUUUCAUCUUCAACUUCCUGUUAGAGUCUCAUAAAGCCAGUAGCCAUGCGGUGCGUUUCCGUGUGUGCCAGCUGAUCAACAAGUUGCUGGGCAGUAUGGCAGAGAAUGCCCAGAUAGACGACGACCUUUUUGAACGCAUCCACCAAGCCAUGCUGGUCCGUGUCACUGACAAGUUCCCUAAUGUGAGGAUUCAGGCUGCUUUGGCCAUGACGCGCCUACAACAGCCAAGUGAUCCGGACUGUCCAACCAUCAACGCAUACAUGUUGAUUCUGGAAAAUGAUACUAAUGCUGAGGUGCGACGUGCCGUUCUUUCCUGCAUUGCAAUGUCCCCUCGCACCCUCCCCAAAGUACUCAAACGCACCCGGGACAUCAAAGAGAAUGUCCGCAAGCUAGCCUACCAGGUUCUGGCUGACAAGGUUCACAUUAAAGCUUUGUCCAUCGCACAGAGAGUUAGUCUGCUGCAGCAGGGUCUCCGUGACACCUCAGAAGCGGUGAGAGAGGUGGUUUGUUCUCAUUUACUGCCGGCCUGGCUGGCUCGGCUGGAUGGUAACGUCAUAGAGAUGCUCCACAGGCUGGAUGUAGAGAACUGUGCCCAAACAGCUCUGGACACACUGACGGCCAUCUUCAAAGGCACACCCACUGAAGAACUGCUGCAGAACAGUGUGCAGCUCGACAACAGGAAGCUGAUCCCAGUGGACUGUCUGUCCUGUGAGAACGUGCUUUACUGGAGAGCUCUGUGUGAGUUCAUAAAGGCUAAAGGAGACGAGGGUGAUGAAAUGCUGGAGCAAGUGUUGCCAGACGCUGCCACUUAUUCCGACUACCUCUAUGGAUAUCUGAAGGCGGUGCCUGUGCUGUCAGAGGAACAGAGGGCUGACUUCAACCAGCUGGAGCUGGUCAUGACCAAGGAGUUCAUCUCCCAACAGCUCAUCCAUCUCAUUGAAUGUCUGGACACCAAUGAGGAGGGCGGCAGGAAGCGUGUGUUGGCAGUUCUGCAGGAGAUGUUGGCUCUUCCACAGACUCCAUCCUCGCUGGUCUCCCUUCUCACUGAGAAACUCCUCAACCUCAUUCCUGAUGACCAAAGACGCAUCCAGGCUGUGGCAGAAAUCAUCUCGGAUGUGAGGGAGCCCAUCAUGGAAGCCAGUCGGCCGGUGGAUGAGAACGAGAACCGUCGGCAGCAAGUCCAGCUGGCAGAGGUUAAGGUGCGUAUCUUAGAGGCCAAACAAACCCUGGAGGACUGCAUCACCGCCCAGGAGUUCAGCCGCGCUGCAGAGCUGAAGGACUCCAUCACAGAGCUUGAAAACCGCAGGAACCGCAUCAUCCAGGAAAUCGCAGAGAGCACCCAGCCGGCCGACAAGGAGGUCCGCACCGAGAAGAAUGACCCGGAGACUCUUCUGAGGUGUCUAACAAUGUGUGCAGAACUGCUGAAGCAGAUGAGCAUCAAGACGCGAAUCGGUCCUACAAUUAGCGCCUUAAUGUCCUCACUGAUCCUGCCCAGUAUAGCAAACGCUCACCCUGCAGUCCGUAAUAUGGCCGUCGUGUGUCUGGGAACAUGCACCCUGCACAGCAAGGAGCUGGCCAAGACCCACAUGGUCCUGCUGCUGCAGAUUGCCCAGCUGGAUGAAAUAAAGAUCCGUAUCAGUGCUCUACGGGCCAUCAUCGACCUGCUGCUGCUGUUCGGAUUCCAGCUGCUGUCUGAAGCAGCUGCCACUCAGACCUCACAGUCACCAGACAGACAGGAGGAGGACGCGGCGGUUGAGGAGAAGGGAGAUGUACCUGAGGACAGCUCCCAGAGUAUAAUUGUGAUGCUUUCAGACUUCCUGGACAGCGAGGUGUCUGACCUGCGUACGGAGACGGCCGAGGGCCUGGCCAAACUAAUGUACACAGGCCGUAUCUCCAGUGCCAAGAUGCUCUCCCGUCUGGUGCUGCUGUGGUACAAUCCUGUCACUGAGGACGACACGCGUCUGCGGCACUGCCUCGGCGUCUUCUUCCAGCUCUACGCCCGCGAGAGCAGGGCCCACCAGGAGGUAGUGGAGGAGAGUUUCCUGCCGACUGUUCGGACUCUGAUGAACGCUCCUGCCACCUCUCCACUAGCUGAGGUGGACAUUAACAAUGUGCUUGAGCUAUUUGUGGAGCUGACCCGGCCGAGUGUGCUUAUCAAGCCCUCGACCACCACAGAGGAGGUGUGUGUCCAUGACUACCUGGCGGUGCGCAUGUGUGGGGAGAUGCUGAAGGACCCCACAGCCCCUGAGGUGCGUCUCUAUGCCAAGACUCUCAGCAACCUGGAGCUCAGCAGAGAUGAGACCGUCAGGAAAGACCUGCAGACUCUUCUGCAGCAGCUUGUACAGGUGGUGAAGGAUCGCGUCUGUCUGCGUGCUCUGGAGAAGAUGAUUUAUCAGAUGGUGGACUCAAAAGAACAGGCAGAGCUCCUCAGUGCCAGCGCGCUACAACCAUUGGAUGUCAAUGCGGAUGAGACUGCAGCAGACGAUCCAUCUAAAUCUGCCAAGAGAGCCAAAAGAGGUCAGAGGAAAGUCUGCGCUGCCAAAGGGGGCAGAAAGCCGAGCAGGAGGGGAGAGUCAUCAGAGGAGAGUGAUGGAGAAAAUGUCCCAGAGUCAGGUCCUGUGGUGCGUCCUUCACGGAGGGCCAAGACCGCAGCUCUAGAGAAGACAAAGCUGGACCUCAACACCCUCAUUAACCAGGAGGCCAAUGUGUCAUAGAAGUCAGAUUAUGAAGUUUGUGCAUAAAUGGAAAUUAGCAUUUUUUUAGCAAGUGUUUAUGUACUCCAGUCUAAUGUAAUCCACAUACUUUUGUACUUCCAAAACAUUUCCGGCAUAACUGAUGUCAGUAAGUGUAACUGCACCUGCCACUUCUUUGAUUUAGAGCCUUUAAAGUGGAUUCACCUCUUUGAGUCAUAUUUCUUACGUUUUAUGUCUGUGUUUCGCCAUUUCUAGUUCUGUCAUUUUAAUCAUUAAAAUUCU